AUGAUCAUCUGUGACAACACUGCCUUCCCUGUCGCCACUGUGGAGUUCUUGAAGGACGGUGUAGUGAUAGAUGCUGAUGCAGAGGACAGGUUCACACAGAAUUGCGAGACUCUGACAAUCGCAGGAGUCACUCCUGAAGAUGAAGGCUCGUACACGUGUAGGGUUCAGAAUCACGAUGAUGAUCAGUUUGAGGACACCAUUGUGCCCAAUAUAGUGGUAGACCUGACAUUCACGAGGAAGAAUCCGGAAGAGGGAGACGAGACGACUGCCUCAUGUGGGUGGACUGGGAGCCCUGACCCUGUGGUCACCUGGUACAAGGACGGCUCUCCUCUGGAUGAAGAGGAGCUCCCGGCCAGGAUCAGGAUCACCAUGUCCGAUGACGGAGACAUAUUCCAGAGCAGUCUUCAGAUUCACAACGUGAUGCCAAGCGACACUGGAGACUACGCCUGCAAUGUCAGCAACCCUGUGGGCACUCGGGUUCAAUUGAACAGACUGGAAGUCCAAGGUGUUCAAGCUGUGCUCUCAGAGAUUGCGACGAUAGGGGUAGCUGCCGGAGGGGCCGGACUGAUUGUCCUGGUGGCUGUGGUGAUGGUGCUGCUGUGCUGCGUGUGGAACUGUGCCAGAAGGAGCUCCACCGGAUCUUAUGCAGUUCCAUCAUCAAAGGAUCAUUUCCAGAUGGCUGUCGUGCCGGGAGAAAUGCCAGAGAACUACAAUGUGGAUGCUCCGGACGGUCCAGAGGAGCCUGAUGAGGCAUUCAACCCUGAUUAUGCCUCUCUGCCAGCCCUGCGCCCCGCUGUGCCUCCACAGUACAAACCCACUCCCACCUAUCCUUCUGACAUGCCUCCUCCAGAGGAGUACCAGAAGAGGAUGCCGUCUGAAGAUGAUUUUGUCGGUCCAUAUGGACAUGACAAUGGAGGGAUGCACCACCACCAACCCUACCAACCAACUGUAGACGAUUUUGUCUCGGACGAUGCCCAAUUUGUGUAGACCUACUGACACCACGCCCCCCUUUCUAGGCAUUAGCUAUGAUGUAACCUGUAAACCUCCUCUACUUGAUCGUAUACUUUGCACAGUGUCAUGGUGUCUACCAAUCAACCUCCCCUCCCUCCCUCGUUCUACCCUCACUCCGUCAUCUGUCUAUCUUCCUCUCUAAUGAUAGACUACAUUACAAUGCACAAUAUGGCCAACAUAUAUAGGAAAACUGACUGAAUGAAUGGCGUAGAUUUUCAUCGCAACCUCUUACAGCCGUCUGAGCUGUUUACUUUUUUCUUGUAUUUUUUAGUUUUGUAAGACUGAUGCUAGACUGUUUUAGAAUGUGAUGUACAACAUGUACAGUUCCGAUAUAUUAUUUAUCGCUUUUUAUAUCAUUUUUAAUGCAUUUUCAUUUUGAUGGUAGCCUUGUGUUAUAACAAACUGCAUCGUUGCAUGAUAAUAUAUACAGUAAACCAUGGCACGUUUGUUGCAGCCUCUGCUUUUCGCUCUGAUACCUUUUCCCGA